CAUGUGCGAAACGGCGACGGGCGCGGGACAGUUUCCAGUGACUUUUCCGGCUUCCGGGGAUUUCGCCGUGCGGUAAACGUGUCGCCGGUGAUCGCGCGCGCCCCCCGAGCGAGAAAAUGUGCGAAGGCGCGUGCACUACGCGCCCGGUAGUUAGAUAUAACAUUAUUCACGCAGAUUCGAGGUAAUACUAGGAGACACUAAGCAACACCUAGGGUAUACGUUUAUUGUAAUUAGUUAGGAGGAAUAUCGAGCCGUCCAAUAGCGCAACGAGGUGGUCGGAAGGAUAUGAUGGCAGCUUUCAAAAGGAAGUCCCGAUGGACGAUAGCAGUGUCGUGUGUGUACUUGCUGUGCAGCACGGCCAUGUCGUGGGUGGCAGUUAGCGGGGACAGGGUGCGUCACCACCACGUCAAAGUGGACGAAGGAAUGGGGGCGAGCGAAGGUGUGGAUGAUCUGCUCACCUGCCCCAACUGCGUCUUCGAUGACCAGGAGAAAGCAGAAACGGACCGGCUCAGAGAGGUGGUAUGGCAGACAUUAUAUCGUGCGGAGGACAGUGACUUCCUCGAAGGAGGGAGCGGUACGGUGCGGGAUGGGGGUGCGGGAGGUGGUGUGGGCAGUGGAUCGACGACUAGUAGAACAAGCAACAUGGACACCAUGGACGCGGACGACUUCUAUGGCAGGACCUCGGAAAUCAUUGCAUUCGCCGAAGUGGUAGACAAGCAAUUCAUAGUCUAGUGAAGAAAUUUGAGUCCACAUAUUCGCUGCUGGAUGUUCCCAUGAGAGUGAGACAACGGGUUAGUCGAAGUGCCGAGAAUAUUGCUGCCAUUCAAGCUUCCAUCACAAACGUACCAAACGAACAGAACACGUCGAUUCCAAGCGACGGAGUCCCUCAGACCACAUUAUGGCAAAUUUUGCGAAGAUAUGUUGGCCUGCACCCUUAUAAGAUCAAGUUAACUCAAGAACUAAAGCCGUUAGAUCAUAUGAACCGACGUACGUUCUCCAGUAGGAGGGCCCUAGAAA